UUCUCACUUAACAAAAGUGAGUAUAAGUGACCCAUUUCAACACUUAAUAUUUCAUAGCUUUGUUAGUGAACCUUCACUAAGCUUUGUGUACUUCCAUGGCGGAUUGGUCUCAGCUCCCCCAAGAUCUCUUACACCUAAUAGCCAAACGCCUCAAGACCCGCAUCGAUCUCUUCCGCCUUCGCUCCAUUUGCUCUUCAUGGCGCUCCUCUAUUUCUCUUCCACCCAAACAACACCGUCACACUCCAAUUCCCACCACCGACGACUCCAAAUUCACCCACAGUCUCGACCUAUCCGAACACACCGUUUAUCUCAUCGAAUCACAACAACAAGGGUCUCCUCCAAAACGCUGGUUGGUCAAGGUUUUCCAGGACCAACAUGGUCGAAUGCACUUGCUUGACCCACUUUCACGCUCCAAGGUUGUUGGAUUCGACAACUUGUUAUUGGAUUUGAGAGAGUUUAAAGUGUUUGAGUUGUGUCAAGAACAUGUUCUUCAUCGUACCGCAACGUAUGGAGUCCAUGAACCUUGGAGGAGUCGUCCAGUUGUCGAGGUUGACAAGGUUGCUCUCAUGUGUGUGGGCCCAGAAAACAAUGAUUUUGCGUUGGUGACCCCACAUCGAGAUGGUGGAGGAUUGGCUUUCUUCAACUCGAGAAUCCAGCAAUGGAUCACUAUUGGGUCCCACCCUGCCACUUCAUCGUGCAUAGCAGUGACUCACUUUGAGGGCAAGUUCUAUGCUGUUGAUACCAAAGGAAGAACAAUUAGUCUUGAUCAAUUUUUAGAUUCAAAAGUGGUCACUAAUUUGGGGUCUGAUGCGUACAUGAAGUACUUAGUUGAAGCAGGUGGUGAAUUGUUGGUGGUUGAAGCAUAUCUUCCUUUUCCUAAUGCUGAGGGAUCCAUUGGCAGCGAGAGCUAUAGGGGUUUGUGUAUUGAUUAUUUUGAGGUCUUUAAGUUUAACAAAGAAGGGGAUAAAUGGGUUAAGAUCAACAGCUUGGGGGAUUGGGUGUUGUUUUUGGGAAUUUAUUCUUCGUUUUCUGUGUUAGCUUCUGAGCUUCCAGGCUGCAAGGGGAAUUGCAUAGUUGUGACUCAGCCAAGGUGGAAAGAAUUUAAUCUGGAUGGUCAUGAUACGAAUGUAGUUGAAUUGGAAAGUGGUAGAUCUGGACCUUUGGAGAAUUACCCAGAUUUUUCCAAGUUGUUGUUUUUUCCUGGUGGUAUGGGUACUUCUUCCUCUUGAAUUUAAAGUUGGAAGUAAGUGUUUGUUCUUUGUAUUAUUAUAUGCAUGUAAGGUAACUUUUCGCUA